AUGGCUCUCCCCGACGGUAGAUACAGAAUCUUUAACGCCGAGAACGAAAAGUAUGCACCUGCCUUCUAUGACUCUGAUACCGUCAAGAUGAACAUCACUGGAAAUGUUGACCUCGAGAUCAAGAACGAAUCUGGAGCACAGAUGAUUCGUUUCAACGAUAGGAGACCCGACAACCGCGUUAUUCAGAGGACUGAAAAGCAUAACCUCACAGGCGACAACCUGUUAUGGGCUAUUACUCCUGCAGGAUCUGACCUAUACUCGAUCAAAGUCUGGAAUGCCGAUGCUGCUUGGACUUUGCCAGACAACCCAAGGAAUCCGACUGAUAUUUAUCUGGAGCCUGCGGAGGGAAAGAGGAGCCAGUUGUGGAAGAUUAGGGAAGCUUAA